AGACAUGAUGUGCUCAUCACCCAAAAGCUGCUAGAGGCAUUACCAAAAAGAAGAAUGCAAUUUUCUUCAUAGCUUUUGAGAGCAUCUCCGUUACUAUACAAACUAAUGAACCAAUUAAACCAAUGAAAUCAGUUUUGCUGACCGGCCAAGAUUUAAACCCUAAAAGUCGUUUCUUUCUGGUUCUCUUCUCCGACCAAAGUUGGGACCUUUGGGCUUUGGCGAGUCAAGUCCUAAAACGGAGAAGAUGGUGCUGAACGUUGAGUGUGAGUCUUCUUCUUCUUCUCUUCUUUGAGAUUUAAGAAUCAUGUAUUCUCUGAUACUCCAUGUAAAGAGGUCUAAUACUGAGUUAGAGAAGCUCGUAUUCUCCUCUGCUACAACUCUGAGUCGAAAAGGUCAAAACUUUACAGUCUCUACUUACCUCAUUGAAUCUCUGGGUUUCACCACAAAACUCGCAGAGUCCAUCUCAAAGAAAGUCAGCUUCGAGGACCAGGGCAUCAACCCAGAUUCAGUUCUUACUCUUUUCAGAAGCUACGGAUUCACAGAGUCUCAGAUCUCCACCAUCAUCACAGACUACCCCAAACUGCUUCUACUAGACGCUGAGAACUCCCUCGCUCCCAAGCUUAAGUUCUUGCAUUCAAUGAAAGGAGCUUCAACCUCCGAGUUCACAGAGAUCGUCUCCACGGUUCCUAAACUCUUGGGUAAAAGAGGCGACAAGACUCUCAGUGUCUACUAUGACUUCGUCAGAGAUGUUAUACACAAGUGCCAAGUGUUGUCUCAUUCUUCUUUGCCACAGGGGAAUCUUGAGAAUAAGAUCAGAAACGUAACGGCUUUGAGAGAGUUAGGCGUGCCUCAGAGGUCGUUGUUUCACUUGCUUGUCUCUCGUUACCAACCUGUUUGCGGGAAAGAGAGGUUUCAAGAAUCGCUCAAGAAGGUUGUUGAGAAAGGGUUUGAUCCUACAACCUCAAAGUUUGUCCAAGCUCUGCACGUUGUUUACCAGCUUAGCGACAGAACAGUAGAAGAGAAAGUAGAUGUCUAUAAAAGGCUAGGCUUUUCUGUUGAGGAUGUGUGGGACAUGUUCAAGAAAUGGCCUAACUCUCUGAAGUUCUCGGUGAAGAAGGUAACUCAGACCUUUGAGACAUUGAAGAAGUGUGGUCUGACUGAUGAAGAGGUUGUGGCAUUGUUGAAGAAGAAUCCACAGUUCUUACGCGUUUCAGAGCAGAACAUUGCCAGCUCCAUUGAGACGUUUCUAGGGCUGGGGUUCAGCAACGGUGAGUUUGCUAUGAUGAUCAAGAGGUAUCCUGUGUGCAUUGGGUUUUCUGCAGAGACGGUUAAGAAGAAGACUGAGUUUUUGGUGGAGGAGAUGGAUUGGUCAUUAGAAGCCGUGGUUUCGCACCCUCAGGUGUUUUCAUAUAGCAUGGGGAAGAGGAUGGUGCCAAGGUGUAGCGUUAUCAAAGCUCUCAUGUCUAAAGGAUUGCUUGGGAGUGAACUUCCUUCAGUGUGUUCUGUCUUGGCAUGUACAGAUAAGAUGUUUUUAAGAAGGUAUGUGAGGAAGCAUAAUGACAAGGGGCUUGUGGCUGAGUUGAUGGCCAUCUUCACCAGAGUUCAUAAGGCAUGCCUAGAACAAUGAGCAACGUUAAGGGUUUUAUUUUUCCGUUAGGUUUUAGAUAGAUUCAUGGUGAAUCUUUUGUAAUCUUCGUUUUUUGAUCUUGUAUCCUUACUAUAGAGGCAAUCUGACAGAGGGAAGGAACAAGUUCUAACUUGUGAAAACCUGAAACUGAAAUCUUUUAACAGGAAUGUUCUUCAUCUUUUAAGUCAUUUUGAUGUUUUGGUAGCUUCAAUGAUGUCUGCAAUCUAUGAUGAGACUGAGAACAAAGAUGAAGAUGGGUUUCUCUUCUCAACAUGACUUAAAGUGGUGAAAACA